AUGGCGUUGCCGGCUGUGUCCGUCCUGUCUGGAACCAUGGCGUCGUUAUCGUUGUCAUCAGAAUCAGAACCGCCAAGUCGGACCAGAUUGGGGCUGGAGCAUCUUCCCAACGAGCUCUUGAUCCCCAUCGCACAGAUCCUCGUCCCAGCCCCUCCCCAGACGACCCGAUUCGCCCUCCGUCCCACUGGCACUUGGGAAUUCCGCGAUGCCGAACAUCAGUGGGCACACUGGCUGGCUAGCCACCGCAACCUGCUGGCUCUCGCCCAGACAUCUCGACGCAUGGUUGCCAUCGCCAAGCCCUUGCUGUACCACACCAUCAUCAUCCCUAACCCCAAAUCCCUGGUCGUCCUAUAUCACCGUCUAUACACUCGACCUGAAAUUCGACCUUGGGUUCGAGAGCUUAGCUGCCUUGUCAGCCUGGCUGAGGAGAACACCAUUCUAGGAACAUAUAGAGAGUGGGCCAACAUUCGCGGUGACACCUGGGCUAUACCACCAGUCAGCCAUGACACUUCUAUCGCUUCUGAACUGCUCAAGCGCGUUCUUCUUCACUCGGUCAACUUGCGCGACUUUCUUGUCGCAUUCCCCGAUCAUGCCUUGACCGCAACCAGCUUGACUGAGCCGCAACAAGACGAACCUGACCCACCACAGUCACAUCAUGAUCAGUAUCAACAAACCCAAGACCAGCAGCAGCAGCCGCAGCAACCACGGCUGGGUGCUUUUGUUCUACCUGUUUCCAUCCCUGCACGGAGGGUUCUCCAUCGGUAUAUUCAUCCAGUCGGAGGUCAGGUCGCGUGGAGAUGGUUUGACAUUUCCUUCUUCUUUCCACUGGAUCGGCUGAGGAACUUGACUUCGCUGCGCAUCUACUGUAACCGCGAAGACGGAGCCAGAGACCGAUCCUUGUCCCGCAUACUUGCUGACUAUGCCGUUACGAUCUUACCCCAGCUGAGACAACUCAAGACAUUAGAACUCUGCUGCGAUCAAGCGACAGUAACGUCAUCCGUGGACAGCAAGACUCUUUCUUUGCCAGCCCUGCCUCAGCUCGAGACUAUUCGGUUUUACGGCAGCUCCAUACGGGAGCCAAACCUGGUGGCCUUUUGCCUUGCCUGCACCAACCUCCAGACGCUGGUUGUGCAUUUUGAGGCUAGCUCGACAGAUGAGGACCGGGAGGACUUGCCAGAAGGGAAAACGCUCAGCGAAGCCCUCAGAGAGAGGGCAGCCACUCUCAGGGCACUGGAACUGGUCGCAUUCUCCGAGGGCCACUAUCUUACUCGGGGCAGGGAGAGGCCGAGGAAACCCGAGAACCACCGGCUGAUUUGCAUCCCCGACCUGAUCCACCUCGAGAGCCUCACGUUGGACUACCGCGGGGUAUUUGGAACUCUGGGCAUUUUGGAGGAGGACGAUGGGGAGCGGCUGUGUCAGCUCCUGCCCGAGUCGUUACAGGAUUUCACACUGGUGUGUGAGUGGGGCACGGAAAAUGACUGGAAACAAAGUUAUAUGGCCAACCUGGACAUGGUGCUGCACGGUGUGCAGUGCCUCUGCCAAUCAAGAACCCGAUCGCCCAACUUGGCCACCAUCAGUUUGGCCAUUCACUCUUGGCCAGCCGAGGGCAAGUUUCACCGCAGGUUCCGCAGGGAGGUGGAGGCUGUUAGACGGCGGUGUGCCUGGGCUGGCAUUCAGUUUCGAACAUUUGAUUUGCUGCCUUCCUAUCGAGACGAGGACGAGCCCGAAUUUCAGGAUGGUGAUGAGGAAGCCGGGCCGGCAGGGCAAGAUGAAGGUCACAGUGACGAGUGGGAAUCAGGAGAGGAAACAGGCCCAGGGCCAUCGAGGGCAGCUGCACCAGCAACCGGAGGAGGGAGCUUACUCAUCCCUCCAGAUGACUACGAUUAUCCAGAACUCGAAGAAGAGGAUGAGGCGUCCGAAUACUACAAUUCGGGUGAUGAGGAGCCAGAUCCGGAGAGGGCGGCAAGGCGACCACCCACGUUUGAGGCAUUCGUGGAGGAUAUUUGUUCUGAGGUUUCGUUCCGAGUCGCAUUGAUACCCCGGCUUUAUGUAGGCCAAAUAUGCACAGAAUACCUAGCAUGUUUACCUAUUUUGCCUCGGUUCCAGCCAUGUUUGGCAAUGAACACGAGGUCUACAGAACUUCCAUAUGCAGUUGGUCAUGAUAUUGACGUGAAUGAAAUUGGCUUGUUGGUAGGGAGCCAACUGAUGGAUCUGGGAGCUGCUCCCACACUUGGCUCAACCAACUUACCAGGUACCUUAUCUUUGGCCUCGACACACCCUUUACAUACGCACGGAGAACCUCUUCUCUACAACUAUACACAGUCUCAAGUAUACCAAGCUGUCACAAUGCCCUUGCCAUCCACCUCGCCGCCACAUCUACCGCCCAAAGAACAUGAUUACAUCAUCAUUGGCGGAGGAACGGCCGGCUGUGUGCUUGCCUCUACACUCGCUUCGGAUCGCAACGUCAGCAUUCUCCUCCUCGAAAAAGGCCACGAGCGCGACAAUCUCCUCUCGCGCAACCCGCUCUUCUCUCAGAACUUCGAGUUGCCUGGACUCCAAUCAGUAUGCCGACUUUCAGAGCCUGUGCUUGGUACUCAACAGCAGCGGGCCAAGAUAUGGGCUGCUGAGGCAAUGGGGGGCACGAGCAGGAUCAAUGGAUCGUUGUGGACGAGGGGCAUACCUGCCGGCUACGAUUUCUGGGCAAAGGAAUUUGGUUUGACAGAAUGGAGCUGGGGGAAGGUUGAGCCAUUCUUUGAAAUGAUUGAAGAGAAGGUACCGCGAAGGGAGCCGAAUGAGGUUCUAGAGAUGGUUGCCUUCGUGGACAAGACCGCCGGGGCUGUUGGACUGCCUCUGGAGGACAAUGUCAACUCGCCGAGGGCAAAGGCACAGGCGUGUUUCAGGAUGCACCAGACAGUUGAUGAGAGGGGGACGAAGGCCUCACAGAACAGGAUUUGGUUGGAUUCGGAAACAGUGAAAAAGACACCAAAUCUGAUCAUCGCCACGGGGUAUACAGCGACAGGUUUGCAGCUCAACUCAACAGGCGCCAGGGUCGAAGGUGUAUGGGUGAAAGAUGCUACAGGGAAAUACCCCGGCAUGAAUCUGUUCAAGGUCAAAAAGGAGAUCAUUGUCUGCAGCGGGGUUGUUGGUACACCAGAGCUCCUGAUGAAGAGCGGCAUUGGCCCUCGAGAUCAACUCACUCCUCUUGGUAUUCCUGUUGUCCGAGAACUGAACCACGUUGGCCGCAACUUGACAGACCACACUUCGUUUCCUAUCAUGUCUGAAAUACCGCAAAAUCACACCAUACAUUCUCUCCAGAACCCUUUUGUACUCGUCUGGCAGCUUCUGAAGUGGCUUAUAUGGGGCAAAGGUCUUCUGGCGGCCUCCAGCACCCCAAGAACGCUCUUCGUCCAGAGCAGCGCUAUUGAUGACACGUCCAUGUCGAUUCUCACCCGCAACCCAGACACGGGGCAAUGCACAAUGGACCCCAAUGACACAGCCAACAUUCCCAACAUUGAGAUCAUGGUCACUCCCGUCAACACCUUCAUGGAAGCUGUCAUUCCAAACAAGUCUCUUACGUCUUGGUACGCAACCCUCGUCCAGCCAUUCUCGCGCGGCCAAGUCCAGCUUUCGCCUUCUCCAUCCGGGCGAAGUGAGGACGACCCGGCCAUCAAAAUCAUUUACCCCAUGAUGACGGACGAGAGAGAUUGGGCGGUCAUGAGAAAAGCAAUGCGAUUUGGCAUGAGAUUUGCGGAGGAGUUUGCCAACCAGUAUCCCCACUCCGCUGUCUUGAGCUUCGCGCCAGGGAUGGACCUCAUGUAUCUAGAUUCUGUCAUUGAGGCCAAAAGGGCCAAGGGGAAGACCAACAAGGCAGAAUCUUCAGCGGGGGUUCCAUAUAUCACUGAUCCUCACACCCAAAUGUCUUCUUCAUCGUCGCAGCAGGUACCUCAGGGGUACAGAGGAAAGACUUGGCAAACUGUGACGGAUUUAGAGAUUGACGAGUAUGCAAAACGGGUGUGGGCUUCUGCUCUGCAUGCCACUUCGACGUGUCGCAUGUCCCUUUCACCAGAGGGCGGCGUGGUGGAUCAGCGGUUGAGGGUGCACGGGAUUGAGAAUCUGAGAAUUGCGGAUGCAAGCGUCUUUCCUGCCAUUCCCAGUGCGCAUACCAUGGCGCCUACUGUUAUGGUGGGGAGAAGGCUCGGGGAGAUGAUUUUGGAGGAGGCCGGCCGAAGUGGGUAA